AUGGACAAUAGGAGGAUUCUGAAAGCCUUGAUCUAUGCCAAGGACGACCAGCUGCCCUUGUUUGAUGGUUCCACCAAGACAAAGGCUAGCAUUGAUGUGCUGAGAAGGAGGUUUGUAUUGCUAUUCAUUUCCAACCUGGACCUUUCCCAUGAUCACGAGAUUUUCUUCCUUGAACAAGUGUACCAGCACCGAUCGAGGACCGAGGGUAUGUACGACAUAGUAUGGCUACCUGUAGUUGAUUUAUCGGUGCCAUGGGAUGAAACAAAGCGAAAGCAAUUCGAGACGCUUCAAUUACUGAUGCCAUGGUACUCAGUGUGCCACCCUUCUUUGCUUGAUCCCGGUGUCAUCAGAUACAUUAAGGAGUCUUGGCAUUUCAUCAAGACACCAUUGCUCGUUGCUUUUGACCAGCAAGGAAGAGUAGUGAACCCGAACGCAUUUCACAUGGUCUGGAUUUGGGGAAGCCAUGCUUUUCCUUUCACCAUCCAGAAAGACGAAGCACUCUGGGGAGAAGAGAGAUGGGGAAUCAAUUUAAUUGCUCGUAAUGUUCAUCCAGCCAUCGUCAACUGGAUAGCAGAAAACAAAUACAUAUGCUUGUACGGUGGGGAAGAUAUAGAAUGGAUUCGUAAAUUCACAAGAACUGCACAUUCAGUGGCUCGUGAAGCCCAAAUUCCAUUGGAGAUGCUAUAUGUGGGGAAGAGCAAUCCCGGAGAGACAGUCCGAAGAAACAAUGCAAUCAUUGAAGCAGAGAAUCUAGGCCACAUAUUGCAAGACCUAGCAAUGGUCUGGUUUUUCUGGGUUAGGAUUGAUGGUAUGUGGCACUCAAAGUUACGACUGGGCAGGAAUGUGGAGAACGAUGAGAAUAUGCGCGAGAUCAUGACAAUGAUUAGCUUCGAUGGGAGAGAUCAAGGAUGGGCUAUGAUUAGCAGCGGAUCAACAGAGAUGGCCAGAGACAAAUUAGAUAUCAUAUUCCAGGCCCUCGCUGACUAUCGACUGUGGAAAAACGCUGCAGAGGAGAGGGGGUUUGUGAAUACGUUGAAUGAUUACCUCUAUAGACCCCAUCGCAUUUACUGUAAACAUUUGAUCUUGCCGGAGACCUCAGGGAUGAUACCUGACAGGAUUGUCUGCACUGAAUGUGGCCAAGAGUUGAGCGCGACAGUCGUGGAGUUGUCCUUCAUGUAUCGUUGCUACACCGAUUGAGCAACAGUAUAUUUCAGCGCAAAAUGCUGCCUUACUGGGUUUUGAAUUUUUAGGUUUCAAUUAUAUAAAGCAUGCUUCUUGUUGUUAGUUGUCCAUUUUCCAUUUCUCGUUCUCAGGAAUACAUUUUCGUAAAGAGGCGAUGCCGCUCCAUGUGUACGUGCCUUUACUAAAGUAUCCUUCCUAAGAAUCUACAUAAGGAGCUCAUUUCCGUUGUUAGAGCAUCGGAAUAAUUUCAGAGUUGUUUGAGUGGAUUGGUAUUC